AUGACUUCGCAGCAAUCAAGCAAAGGCGGUGAUCUGCACCUAGAAGCCAAUACCGAGGGCGCAAAGAGCAAGGGCGAGGCCAAGACGGACAUUACGGACGGCUACGACAUGCUCGAAGACGAGUUUGUGCAGGACAUGCUGCAGGGUCACGACCAUACCAUCACGGACGACUAUAUGGACUCGCCGUCGUCGUCGUCGCCGCCCGAGGUGGUGGAUGCAAAAGAGAAGAGCAACAAGAAGAGGAAGGGCUUCUGGAAGUCCAAGAAGGACAAGGACGACAAGGUGGAGGAUGGAUACAUGGAUAUUGCCAAGGAUUUCGUCUUUAGACUGCUCGACAUCAGUGGCAUCUCAGGCAAGCUGACUGGACCUACGGCGAGGUGA